AUGGAAAGAACGCAAAUGAGACGGCGGUCUCUACCGACAAUCAAACUUACACCGCUCGAGGAAACCAUACAGAGACUUUUGCUGGACUUGAAAGGAUACAUAGAGACAAAGGAGCAAUCUGAUAGCCAUGCGGCGCAAGAAGAAAUGGUACUGCGGUUCACAGGUGGCUGGGUACGAGACAAGUUGCUGGGUGCUGAAAGUCACGAUAUCGAUGUCGCAAUCAGUACAAUGACCGGCCUGCAAUUCGGAACAUACCUCCAGGAAUAUCUGGACGAACCCGAGAACCUGGAAAAAUACAUGAACAACAAGGAGCUUGCAUUUACCGACGAGAUGCUAAAAGUCCACACGAUCAAAGCAAACCCGGAAAAAUCCAAGCAUCUCGAGACUGUGACCACAAGAUUGUUCGGUCUGGAUAUUGAUCUGGUUAAUUUGCGAAAGGAAACAUACACCGAGCUCAGUCGAAAUCCACAGGUGGAAUUCGGUACAGCUGAAGAAGAUGCUCUGCGUCGAGACGCCACUGUCAACGCGUUGUUUUACAACUUGAACACGUCCAUGCUAGAGGAUUUUACUGGAUUGGGACUCGAUGAUAUGGAGAAAAAAGUGAUCAGAACUCCACUUGAGCCAUAUCAAACUUUCAAGGAUGAUCCCCUGCGAGUGCUUCGGCUGAUUCGAUUUGCAAGUAGACUGGGAUAUCACAUUGAUGGGAAAACUCAGGAAGCUAUGCAGGAUGAAGAGAUCAAGAAGGCAUUUGAACUGAAGAUUAGCAAGGAACGUGUGGGUAUCGAAGUGGAAAAAACCCUCCGAGGGCCGGACCCCAGAAUUGGCCUGAAGUACAUAGAUGACCUUGGGCUUUAUGCUACUAUCUUUGCGAACCAACACGAUGAUGUUGAAGCGCCAACGAGUUCAUGGUCUCUAGCCUAUGACGCCCUCGACCGACUAAUCAGCCCGAUUUACAGACUAGACGAGAUGCAGCAAAUCAAGCACAUUAAACAAGUCCUUAUUCGAGAUGACGAAGAUAAGAAUGAGCAAUUCUAUGCUUGGGUUAUGGCUGCGUUUGUCCCCUGGGUCACCGUUCCUGCUCGCAAGCCAGGCCCGAAAAAAGAGAAGCCGCCUAUUAUAGCAAGGGCGGCUGAAGUUGCCCGGGACAAUCUUCGUAUGGAGAAUAAAGUAGUCAAUGCCUUGAAGGACGCAACGGACUUCUACAAAGACGUCAGCUCUUUGAAAUCAUCGGUGAUUCUGAACGACAUCCCUGGCACAGCUGCCGAGGUUAGACAACAUGUUGGGCUCCAAAUCAGAUCCUGGAAAAAAGAUUGGAGAUUGAUCGUCUUGAUGGCCUUGCUACAGGAGAUUGCGGCGGGKUUCGAAUCGCGGAAAGUUUUCCAAGAAUUCGAUGCUUUCCUCACAUAUCUUGAGAACGAAGAUCUUCUUGAAGUGAGCGAGCUCAGGCCGAUUGCGAAUGGCAAGGAGAUUUCCGCUGCGUUUGGACUUCCCAACGGAAAAUGGCUUGCUUCAGCUCUGGAGAUGCUGAUUAGUUGGCAGCUUCUUCAUCCUAAAAGUUUCGAUAAAGAGGAGGCGCUGGAAGUGCUAAAAAGUCACUACGAUCCUGUUGGAGGGCAAGUCGCUCAGAUGGAGCAUCUCCGUGUGGCUGCGAGAAAAUCCAUUCAAGUCGGAAGUCUGAAUGGACCUGUCACACUGGACGAAGAUACGAGCCAUGUCUCUGAAUUGAUUAGCCUGUAUGCUUUAUGGGCGGACGUGUCUGCACACAUUACCCACGAAUCAUACGAUUCUGUGGUAAAAGAGAACUUACUGGUAAUUCGAUAUGUCCUAGAAACACAUCCUCGAGAGACACCUUUGAAAGAAGAAGACAAGAACUCAGCCGAGGCAAUUUACGCCUGGCUGGCUCAGUUAUCUUUGCCAUCAUCCAAAUUCGCUGCAUCUCUAGAGGCAAGCUAUUCAGCUGGGAAAAAUGAUGACUGUAAGCUUCCGGCUACCCUCAGAGACCAGCAAACCACAUAUACCCUUGCCAUCUCAUGCAUCAAACAUCUCAACGGCAUACUUCCAAUACUGGAAGUCACGAAUUCAGAAAGAAUUCUCACAACUCUUUUGAGUUUCACUUCACCGCAUGACCCCUGGACGACGAAUACAAGUCUUCAAGACGCUGUGACAAUUCUCCGAUCAUACAUGGAAUCGGAAACACGUCUCAAAUGCUGGCAUAUCCUAGAACGUAUUUGUGAGUCAAGAAUAAGACCAAUAUUCGCCAAAACCAAAAAUCCUGCUAUAACGGCCAGUGGUCGUAAGAAUCUUCAUCCACUACCGCAACCAAGGUUUGAUGAGAGUCUUUUUGAUCCAAAGACCAAGCCCUGGAAGCACAAGGACGUUUACGCGACGACUGUCUUGGAGUGGAUACUCGCACAAUACACCACUUCAGAUAUCAACCGCUUAGAGAACCAAUUCCACUUCUAUGUUCCACCGAUACUGUCUCUAAUUGAUGACGAGAGUUCAUCUUUCAAAUAUCGCGGCUGCAAUCUUCUGACUAAGUUUCUCACACCAGUUAGAGCAAGUGACUCUGAUCUUCUCAAACGUACAAACUUAUCCUCGGUGUUCGACGACGCAAUCACCCCAUGUCUCCUUUCUCUACCGACCAUAACCCCUGAAGACGAGGCACUGCAUCUUCUUGGAGUAGCAUACCCUGCUCUAUUACUGACACUAAAAACUCGCUAUCAUGUUGAGGGAGAUUCAAAACUUCGUCAAACUGCGACCGAACAAGAUGAUAAGAAAGCAUACAUAGGCCGCCUCGUAACUCUUCUACGCGACAACGUCAUUUCAUCAUUCCACCACGUCAGCUCAUACUCCCCAGCCUCCGCGAAUGAAGAGGUCUCGUCUCUCGCAUCUUUCCCCUAUCCAGGUCUAUCAGCAUUCCUACUCGACCAGUUGACGACAAUCAUCCAGGAACUCGGUAUCCAUACCACAAAAUACCUGCAAGAAAUCGUCCCGGUGGUUUAUAGUACAUUGUCAAACCCGUUCGGCACAGCAUUUGUACCGUUACUUCUUGCCGGUCUUGCGAGCACACAAGCUGCCAUAAUGAAUGCGCAUCCACGCAUAUGGCGGUAUAGAGGAGAUCUUUUGGCCGCUAUAUGUCAAUGCUGGAUCAGCGUCUCCCGAGAUGAGUCUAGCACCAAGGACUCAGAACAGAAAUUGCAGUUACGCAAGGUUUUGCUAAAGCUCCAGGGGGCGGUCUAUCUAUUGAAACUAAGUAUGCGGGCGGUACGCUCUACAAAGACAGGAGGUGAGGAGAACUCAGACUUGGUUGAGAUGGGGGAUGAGGAAAUUGUCAACAUAGACGACGACGUCAAGGGCCUUGUUGGUGCGGAUGAGCAAUUGAAGGAACUGCUCCAGAUUGAUAUUGAUGUAGACCCGGAGGAUAAUCAAUUCUUCACAUGA